CGGCGUCUAGCACAGCAACAAUGCACAAAUUUACAUUGCGAAAGCCUACAAUUGCCCAUUGUCGGCACGAAUGGUGCAGAUAGUCUUGCACAUCAUUAACGAACCUUUUGCGAACAAUUAUGUUGUCCUUUCGAGGCUAUGAUCCACGCGUAGCUGUCAAACCGAACACCCGCAUCAUCACUCUACACAUCACUCGGUCUGAUGAGACUCGUACCAUUGCAGUCACGUUAGCACGCACGGCAUCCGGAGUAUUGCCGACCUUCCCUGGCUCGCCUCCAUCUUCUACAACAAAUCCCAGGCCAGGACCACUGGCCAUCGGCGUGACAAUCUUGCGUUCUGUUGCUAUCACGGCGUUGCUGUUCUGUAUCUGCCGGAGAAGGGGACCGCCUGGGCCCAGAGGCCGAGCUGGUCGAGACGGCCGCGACGGUCACCAAGGCCCGCCAGGUGUUGCUGGUCGAGACGGCCGUGACGGUAUUCAUGGUGCACCAGGCGUCGCUGGUCGCGAUGGCCUCCACGGGCCACAGGGGCCACAGGGACCGCCCGGUCCGAAUGGCCCUCAAGGCGUACCGGGUGCGCAAGGAACUCCAGGCGUGCAAGGACCACGAGGUCGGUCGGGAUCACGAGGCUCUCAUGGGCGCCAGGGAAGUCUGGGACCACGAGGCCGCGAUGGGCAACCUGGACCAGCAGGCCAAGAUGGUCGCGAUGGCCGAGAUGGGCGAGAUUGUCGAGAUGGGCGAGAUUGUCGAGAUGGGCGAGAUUGUCGAGAUGGGCGAGAUGGGCGAGAUGGGCGAGAUGGGCGAGAUGGGCGAGAUUGUCGAGAUUGUCGAGAUGGGCGAGAUUGUCGAGAUGGGCGAGAUGGUCGGGAUGGUUGACACGAUUCGGGCUGGUGGUGAUUAGUGCAAGGGAUCAUAUUCGCAGGAACCACGAGCACAAUUUCAGGUCGGAUCAUCCAGGAGCGCUGUGAUCAGAGGCCAGGAGGCAAUGUACGAGCGCAAGAUCAAACUAUCGAGUUCUUCACAUUUUCACAGAUCUAAGGUCGCUGUCGGCUAUCUGCUUGUAGUGGCCCAUCUGCGCACUCGCUGCUCGCAUAUAGUACCCUUGGUCGCCGGUUCCGAAGCACUGUCACUCAUAUCUGCCACCUUGCGAUUCUUGGAGAGGAGUUUGUAAAGGCUCAAAACGCAGGGGAAAAUUAUGUUGCUCAACAACGGCUCUGUAGAAACUGUGGUGUAAUAGUUGAAUCGAAGAGGGGAAUCCUGACCCCCAGUUGCUGCCCGGGGAAGAAGGU